AUGGAUUCCAUGCUCACAGCGCUGCAAUGCACCGAUCAUAACCCUUCACCGUGGGAGGAAACGCCUCAACAUCUACCGUUGUUAAAGAGUGAGGUUUUGGGUUCGAGUAACGUCAAGCGCACCAAUAACCUACCGGUGGAUAUGGAGACGGUUCUUCCCACGAAACUAAAACCCAAGAAAACACACCCAACACCACUUUGUCUCAACGUGCCCACAAUGAAGAUAAAUUACAUUUGUUUGCUUACAUGGUUCCUUUUGUCCGCGUUUUCGGUAACAAACGCGAUUCCAAAAAGUGACAUUCAAAACUUGUGCAGAGAGACGACUGAUGCCGCGUUCUGCGUGAACCAACUCGAUUCAGAUCCACGAAUAGAAGCCGCAAGAGAUCUCGGAGACGUGCUUGUUAUUGCGAUAACACUGUCAACUAUCCAAGUGAAUGACGCAAAGACCCAUAUUAACAGUGUCAGUCGACAAUACAGUGGUCCUAAUGGGAGGAGACGGAUCAGUGUUUGCAAUAAGAAUUAUGAUAUCGCUUUGGCUAGGUUCCGAACUGCUUGGGAAAAUGCACUGAAAAAAUCAUUUGCGGAAGCCUACAGACUUGCGGGUGUUGGCCAGAACGCUGUGACUGACUGCGAAAACGGAUGGGGAAGGAGUGGCCCGAGACAACAGUCUCCUCUCACUUUAUAUAACACAAAUGUUUCAAAACUAUAUGGAAUCAUUCGUCUUCUUACCCAAAAGCUUGGGAUUAGAAUAUAA